CCGGCUGUUAAGCGGCGGGGCUGCGGGACCGGCCCGAAGUUUCCAGAAGAGUCGGGAUCAGAGCAGCGCCGAGAGGGAUCUGCGUCCGCCGCCCCGGGGGCCUCCUGCCGCCGCCACCAUGGUGAAGGAGACCACCUACUACGAUGUGCUGGGCGUUAAGCCCAACGCGUCCGCCGAGGAGCUGAAGAAGGCCUACCGCAAGCUCGCGCUCAAGUACCACCCGGACAAGAACCCCAAUGAGGGCGAGAAGUUCAAGCAGAUCUCGCAAGCUUACGAAGUGCUGUCGGACUCGAAGAAGAGGGAGCUGUAUGACAAAGGAGGCGAGCAAGCUAUCAAGGAGGGCGGCUCUGGCGGCGGCUUCGGGUCACCCAUGGACAUAUUCGAUAUGUUCUUCGGCGGCGGGGGAAGGAUGCAGAGGGAGAGGCGAGGUAAAAAUGUGGUCCACCAGUUGUCAGUAAGUUUGGAAGAUAUGUACAAUGGUGCAAUGAGAAAACUUGCACUGCAGAAAAAUGUCAUCUGUGACAAGUGUGAAGGUCGUGGUGGUAAGAAAGGUGCAGUAGAAUGCUGCCCAAAUUGCAGGGGAACAGGCAUGCAGAUCAGAAUUCACCAGAUUGGGCCGGGAAUGGUGCAGCAGAUCCAGUCUGUGUGUAUGGAGUGCCAGGGGCAUGGGGAGCGUAUCAGCCCCAAGGACCGGUGUAAGAGCUGCAAUGGCAGAAAAAUUGUUCGGGAGAAGAAGAUCCUGGAAGUUCACAUUGACAAAGGAAUGAAGGAUGGUCAGAAAAUAACAUUCCAUGGUGAAGGGGACCAAGAGCCAGGUCUGGAGCCCGGGGAUAUUAUUAUUGUCUUGGAUCAGAAAGACCACUCUGUAUUUACAAGACGAGAUGAAGAUCUACUUCUGUCUAUGGAUAUUCAACUGGUUGAAGCACUAUGUGGCUUUCAAAAGCCCAUCACAACUCUGGAUAACAGAACUAUUAUUAUUACCUCCCAUCCUGGCCAGGUUGUUGAGCAUGGGGCUAUUAAGUGUGUGUUGAAUGAAGGUAUGCCAAUCUAUCGCAGACCGUAUGAAAAAGGACGUCUGAUCAUAGAAUUCAGGGUGAUCUUCCCAGAGAGUGGCUUCCUCUCCUCAGAUAAGCUGUCCUUACUCGAAAAACUGCUACCUACAAGGCAGGAGAUAGAAGAAACCGAGGAAAUGGAACAGGUGGAAUUAGUGGACUUCGAUCCGUCUCAAAAGCGAAAACACCACUAUAAUGGAGAAGUGUAUGAAGAUGAUGAGCAUCAGCCUAGAGGUGGUGUUCAGUGCCAGACAUCAUAAAUGGGCCGGUGAAUAACUUGUGAUGCUUGUUUUGUAUGCAGUAGUGGAUGAGUGAAGGACUACAAGCAGUUUACCCUCACCUGCUAUUUGUUGUUCUAUCCAGCCAUAGUCAUUUCUAAAAGCAAAAAGAAAUAAACUAAGUAAUUAAACUGACUUUGCGAUUUGUAUAAAGCUCCAGGAUACAAGCUGAAAUGAAGUUGACUGCACUUCACCCCUGCCUCUUGCUCCAGAAAACUCCCUUACCUGCUUGUCUUUUAUUCCAAACCUUGUAAUUCCUGUAUGUGUGCAAUUGCCCAGGCUUAAACUAAGAUUCUGUGGUGUGCUUUUUAGAAAUUCUAGAUCUUAUACUCUGUGAAUAAAGUAUGCACAAGUACUUAUAA